AUCUCUCUCUCCCAUUAUAUAAGCAGGCCUCUUGAUACUCAAUACGUACCCCCACCUCCCCAUCCUUUCCCUCUCUCAAAUUUCUCCUUUGGUAGCGAGCAACGCUCGUCUUUUGGUGAAAGAUGGCUGUAGUGGAAUUGAAAGUGGGAGUACAUUGCGACAGGUGCACUAAAGCCAUCAAGAAGGCUAUCAAGAAGAUCGAAGAUAUAGAGACAUACAGGGUGGAUGCAGAGCUGAACAAGGUAACCGUGACGGGAAAUGUGACAGCAGAGGAAGUAGUUAGAGUGCUCAAUAAAAUCGGGAAGAACGCUACUUACUGGAGCUGUGAGGAUUAGAAGCAGCUCUGCUCGAUGAUGAAGAUGAGGAAGAGUGCGGUGAUUUUGUUAACAACCGCGGAUGACCCUUGAACGCUGUACCAUCUGAUGCUAUCACCCUUGGAAUGUAUGCCAUUGAUAUAUGUAUUUUUAACAACCAUUUUUCA